AUGGAAGUAGAAAACCACACAGAACAUUCAGGAUUUCUCCUUUUGGGCCUCUCAGGGGAUCUCAAGCUGCAGCCCCUUCUCUUUGGGCUGUUCCUGUCCAUGUACCUGGUCACCAUGUUGGGAAACCUGCUCAUCAUUCUGGUCAUCACCUCUGACUCCCACCUGCACACCCCCAUGUACUUCUUCCUCUCCAUCCUGUCCUUUGUAGACAUCUGUUUUGUCUCCACCACCAUCCCGAAGAUGCUGGUGAACAUCCACACACACAGCAGAGACAUCUCCUAUAGAGGGUGCCUCACUCAGGUGUAUUUUUUUAUGAUCUUUGCUGGUAUGGACAAUUUCCUACUGACAGCAAUGGCCUAUGACCACUUUGUGGCCAUCUGUCACCCCCUGCACUACAUGGUCAUCAUGAACCCCCGCCUCUGUAUCCUCUUGGUCCUGAUAUCCUGGUUCAUUAUAUUUUGGGUGGCUUCAAUUCACAUUCUACUGAUAAUGAGGCUGACUUUCUCUAUAGUCACUGAAAUCCCCCACUUCUGUGAAGUGACUCAGAUUUUCAAAGUGGCUUGUUCUGAUACCCUUAUCAAUAACAUCUACUUGUAUGUGACAACUGCCCUGGUGGGUGUCGCUCCUGUUGCCGGGAUCCUCUACUCUUAUUCUCAGAUCGUCUUUAGUUUAAUGAAGAUGUCCUCCACUGCAAACAAGCUUAAGGCAUUUUCUACCUGUGGUUCUCACCUGUGUGUGGUCUUUUUUUUCUAUGGGACAGCAUUUGGGGUCUACCUCAGUUCUGCCGUAACCCACUCUUCCCAGAGCAGCUCCAUUGCCUCAGUGAUGUACACUGUGGUCACCCCCAUGCUGAACCCCUUCAUCUACACCCUGAGGAACAAGGACGUGAAGGGGGCCCUGGAGAGACUCCUCAGCAGGGCAGCCUCCAGUCUAUGCUGGAUCGUCGAUCUCAGAACGAAGUGGACAUUGUGA